AUGGACGAGAACAAAAUCCAGCAGAUGAUCGCUAACUCGACCCACUCUUUUUCUAAACAAAUCGAACAAGUGAAGGCAGAGCUUGAGAAGACAGCCGGGCCAGGGCAGAAAACGGUGCCGACGCGCCGGCCACAAUCCAUCAUGGCGAGCUCACAGGCUUCAAACUUCAGCGUCUAUCAAAGCCAUGACGGCACAGGGGUGUCUAUGAUGCAAUUAGCCGGCAGACCAAGCCCGCAAGAUCGGCUUGGAGCCUAUGAAAGUGCUGGAGAUCAGCACGGGAUGCCAAUUGGACAGUACGACGACGACUCGGAAGAAGGAUAUGAUGACGAAAUGGAAAGUCAAGGAGGUCAGGGGCGUGGUCAGAGCAUGGAGCAAAUAGCAUUUUCGAAAGCAUUGGCUUUAGAGGGCGAGGUGGAGAAGUUGAAGGAGCAGAUGCAGGAGGUGCUCGCCAAGGUGACGGAAUUGGAAGCCGGUAAAUAA